AUGGGGACGUCGGCAUUAUCAGAGUUCGAGCACGCCUACUACAUAGGAAAUUAUCUCAGUGGAAUCCUAUACGGCGUCGCUCUUGUCAUGUAUAUCAUGAUCAUGAGAUCUCUCCUCGGUGGAAAGAACGCCAACUUUCCCAGAGUUAACCGUUUCUUUGCUGUCUACAGUACAGUAUUGAUCCUGCUUUUAACGAUCGACAUAUCGUGCAACGCUAUCUGGGGAGAACAAAUGUGGAUCACAUUCCGCAACGGUCCUGGCGGAGUUCCCGGCUUCAUCGUUGCUCAGACUUCGGUAUGGUAUGAGACCCUUGGCUCAGCGUCAGGUGUUGCUAUAAUUUUUAUGGGAGAUGCCCUCCUUCUCUACCGGUUGUUCAUCAUUUAUGGAUCGAAGUAUAUCGUCAUUCUGCUCCCAUCAAUCGCCUACCUGGCUGCAUUUUCGCUUGCCAUCAUCGAGCUCGUCCUCGCUGGUAGACCGGGUGGCAACUUUUUUGGCGGCAGGACACUCAAUUUCGGUACACCCUACUACGCCAUCAUGAUAUCCCUCAAUAUGAUCGUUACGCUCCUUAUCUGUCUUCGGCUAUUCCAACAUAAGAAGACACUCGGCGGCGCGCUUGGAAAGGAACAAGCAAAAAUGUACACAAGUGUUGCAUCGAUGCUGAUUGAGUCGGCCGCGCCCUGUAGCCUCCUCGGUAUCAUGUUCCUCGUUCCUUACGCCCGCGGCGAUGGGGUCGCCAUUGCCUUCGGCCAAGUAUGGGCGAAAUUGACGUGUAUUUCCCCACAACUGAUUAUCCUCCGCGUCGUGACUGGUAGAGCGUGGAGCAAGGAGGUAGUCACUCAAGCGCGAAGCGACGCUGUAUUCCGGACGAAACCAACUCACAACCUUACGUCCGGCAUCGAAGUGUCUUCCACUAUAGGCUUCUCAAGCAACGUCACGACGCUCACUCCUAGCGAGAAAUGGAAUGCGGAUAAGCAAAGCGCUAAGAGUCUUCAAAGCAGCACCGUUUAAUAUCGCAAAGGGGAAAUAUACAUUCUGGAGAUCUUCAAAUCGUUAGCUAUCUAUUUACUCUUCUUGUAUACGGUGCCUCGUCAGGGGCUACGCCAGAUAUGUGUUAUGCUAGUCUUUCGGUAAUGUC